CCUUUCAGAUGAAUUUAGUUUAAAGAGAAAGUGUUCGAGAGGCAAAAGGAUCCUUCACGUCCAGACUUAAUUUCCCAGAAUGCCGUUGCAGCGUGACUGGGAGGGCUUACCUGGACUGUUCAGCACCUGGAUCACAUUACAGGAAAGCAGUCAGAGGAGCUGGAGAGACAGAGGGAGAGCGUGCAGAAGAACGGACGCAUUACAGCGCAAUAGCAUCAAGGCUAUGAAGCAUUUCUGCAGCAAGUAGGGGGACUGCCUUCUGUUAGAUUAAUGUUAUUAAACAAAUAGAUUUGCAGAAAACUUCGGAAGAAUAUUCUAAGAAAGUCCUGCAGUUUCUCCUCAUGCCUCUGGAGCAGAAAGCCCCUCUUCUGUCUGCCUGAGGGAGUAUCUGUCUCAGUGGAGGAUGAAGUGGCACAGAGUCUGUGGCACAGAGUCGUUCUCCGCUGUGCUCUGUGCUGCCCGUUUCGAUAGCCAAUUUGUUGUAGUCACUGACUCUGUAUUUAGUACAAAAUAAAGACAUUAUACAAGACUUUUACCAGGUACGUCUUCCAGGCUGACCUCAGUACCAGAGAUUAGGGAGCACAAAAGCACGCCAAGAAUACCACGAUGAAUCCACAAGGAGGCAUGAGUGGCAGCUUGCUAAUGAACAUGGACAUAGAGCUGAAUGCCUCCCUUGCCACUGCGGAUGAGCUCUCCAAGGAGCUGGGCAGCAUGUGGGAAGAGUGCUCAUCAGCGACUGACACCCCAGAAUACAAGAGCUCUGGGUACAGGUCCAGUCCAGUGGGGUCCAAUGAAAAGCUGAAUAAACCGGGUCCUGUUUCCAGCAGCAGAGACCAGCCAACACAGGCAUCCUACUUCUCUUACAGGCCAACCAGCCACCCAGAGAACAGCCAGUCCACAAAGUCUUUGGACUCAAUGACAGCCGGAAAAUACCAGUGUAGCCCCAGGCCCCCCAGCGUCUACUCUGCUGACAGGCAGACGGCACCUCUGGGACAACGAGAUCACAGCGGCCCCCCUCGCACAAUCAGCUCGGACUCCCUUUCCAGCUAUGAUCAGCGUAGCCUGCCUCGACAAUUGGGCCACUCCACCUCCCCGCACAUGAUGAGGCAGAAACCUUCCUUUCCAGUGUACGAAUCUGGCCAAUCAGGACUCGGCUCUCCGUGGUCAUUGCCGUUUGACCGAAGCCCCUCCCCUCACCUAGGCUACCCAGCCGAUUCCAGCACACUGCCACGGAACUUCACAAUCUGCAAGUCUCAGGAUGACUCGCUUGGCAGACAGAGGCCCCCCAAUCCCUGGAACGAGUCGGAUCUUGACGUCAGCUACAAGAGGACACCCCGCCAGCAGCAGGUUCUAGACAAGUACAGGACCCUGCCCUCUAACAUCAUGCCCUUCAGCAAUUGGAGGGAGUCAAACCUGGACAUGCCUCCCUCUCAAGCAAAAGAUAUGCCAGUCCGGAUGAUUGCUCCCUAUACCUCCCUGUUGCCCCGUCCCACUCCGCAGUCUCCACGGAGCAGCCCUCGGUACAGCCAGCCGCCCAUCAUCUCCCGAAUCGCCAUCCCGCCAGGCUCUCCACAGGGGCAGCAGCACCGCCCCAUACCUCUCUCCGUCAUAAUGAGGCUCCAACACCCCUACUGGGCCAGAGAGAAUGCCAUCGCCACCUGGGGGCAGACGGGUGAUACUGCAACCUUCCGGAACACACAGCAACCCCAGCCCCAGUUUGAGAGACCAGCAGCAGGGAUGAAGGUCGUGACCCCAGAAGGCCCCCCAGCUCCAGUUUUGGAUAGUGGGGCGGUAGAGCCUGAGCUGGAAGGGCUGGGGGUGGGGGUGGGGGAGAUGAUGGAGGUGACCCCCCGGCCCCUCAGCCCCACACGCCUGCAGCCCGUGCUGCCCCCUGACGCUGACCCUCUGCCUCAGAUGGAGGAGCUCUUGAGGAUGAGAGCAGAGAUCCCCCGAGCACUGAAGAAACGCAGCUCCAUCGACAACCCUCCAGCCCAGCGCAAGCAAUACCAACAGAUCAUCAGCAAGCUGUUGCAGUGGCACAAAGGCAUUGAGGAUCUGGGAAGCGAUGCAGGCCUCUCAGAGCUGGCAGAGAACUUGAGCGUGGCUGCUGUCAAUCCUGAGCCAGUCACCCAAACACACGCAGCCAAGGGUCUACGCUCCAUCUUGAAGACGCCCAAGUCAGAGAGCUCCGGCCGUAGAGCCCGACUCAGCCCUCUCGUCUUGCUGCUGGACGCCUCUCUAGUGGGGGAGCUGGAUGUGGUCCAGAGUGCCGUCCAAGAGAUGAGUGACCCUAGCCAGCCCAAUGAUGAGGGCAUCACUGCUCUCCACAAUGCUAUAUGUGGGGGGCACUACCCUGUGGUGGAGUUCCUGGUACAAAUUGCUGCCAACGUCAAUGCUCCAGACAGUCACGGCUGGACCCCUCUACAGUGUGCAGCUUCUUGUAAUGACUGUCUGCUCUGUGAGUUUCUGGUGAGGAACGGGGCUGCCAUCUUUGCUGUGACAGAGAGCGAUGGGGCCACUGCAGCACAGAAAUGCGACCCAUACGCACCAAACUUUGAGGAGUGUGAGCAGUUCCUGCGAGGUGCGGAGGAGUCCAUGGGUGUCCAGAACAGCGGGGUGCUCUACGCUUUGUGGGAUUACACUCCCUGCAAUUCGGACGAGCUGCCUUUCCGAGAAGGAGACAUGGUGACAAUCCUGCAGCGGGAUGAUGAGGGGGGCUGGUGGUGGGCCUCGCUCUGCGGCCGGGAAGGCUUCGUCCCCAGGAAUUACUUUGGGCUGUUCCCCCGGAUCCGACCCAAAUCCAUGUCCUCCUGAAGCUAGGCAGGAGUGAUACGAGCCUCCUUGGUUCUGAACCCAGACGAGGAUCCGCUGAACCCCUUGGAGCGUGACUGGAACCAGCUGGACCAGAUUUACUGCACACUAACUCAACAUUGUGCUGGUGCUGUGUGCAACUGGGUCUGUACUGGCACUGCUACUGUAUAGGUUAUUAUUCUGGAUCUCGCACACUGACACACACACACAGGGCAUUUUUUGUAUUAAGUUUGUUAAGGCAGAUAAAGUAUUGAUGCUAAAAGUUCUUUAUUAAUUAAACUAGUUCAUCCUGUUUCUUAGUAUAGCCUUCUGUCAGUGUUAAAGAGUUAUCUUACCCAGUUUGAGUGAGAAGAUGUCUUUAUACUGUACAACACAACUGGGCAUGCUAUUCUAUUAGAAAUAAUCAAGGUAAACUCACAAGCAUGUGUAGUAUUGACAUUUUUUGUUCUUUAUGUAUGUUACAAUGCAUUUGCUUUCUAUAGACAAACGUAUUAUGAGAUGUAUUGGUAAUUGAUUGGAGGGACUUUUACAGUUUACAACGCGGAGGCAUUUUCUAUGUUUCAAAUAAUUCAGAUCUACUUUUACUGCUGACAUACUUCCGUGCUCUGUCCCACUCAUUGGACUUCACGAUUCCUUCAGUAUACUACCACCUAGUGGCUUUAUAGUAGAAAAACAUGGAAAUGUAUCACUAUUGUAUAUGUAGUGAUAGAUGACAAGGAGUACUUACAAAUGCUAUCUAUAAAUAUGAUUUGCAUUUUAUAGAAUUGGAGGCAUCAGAUAUUCACCAGAUCAAAACCAGAACAGUGCUGACCAAUGACUGUACAGUAUUAUUUAGGGAACGCUGCAAGGCAAAGCCAGACAGGAGGAAGACUCAAGGUAUCGAGAUCACAGAGGUAGACACACUCGUGUCCUGCAACGCAUGGUUGGUUUAUGCUGUUUGACAGCUGAGUGCUGGGGGCAAUAACGUUAUGGUAUUUAUGUUGGAGCGAUGCUACUAAAAGUGGAGUAAGUUAUGAAGGCGCGCUUGUGUAGUCACGCGCCGCUCUGAAAUGAUGUUUACACAACCUUAUUUUUUCAAAAUGGAACAAAGAUGCUUGCGGUGUAUUUAGCACAUUUUUCUCCAGAUUGCAAGAUGUUAACUAAAUAAACCAAAAUGUACGCAACUUAUAUGUGUUGAUUUUAAUUUCUACUAACCCAUGUGGUGUCCUUACAUAAUUGCAAAACAACCUACUAUAAAGUCGUUGUUAUUGCCGACUAUACUGUAGGCUAGGGGUGAGAGUGUAUAGCGGGAUAUCCUGGUUUAAAACUAUGAAUGAAUCAAACCGUCCAAAAAUGUGGUUUAGUUAGUUAAAGAAGACAGCGCGCCUUAUUGCAGAGUCUGCAGACGGGCAGUUGCAGCUCGAGGAGGAAAUACCUCCAGUCUCUUCAGCCACCUCAGAGAGCAUCGUCCCAUGACGUAUGCAGACAUUUCCAAAGUAAAUUCAGUGAGGAUAACUUAAAAAUAAUAAGUUGGUGAAUGACAGCCGUGUUUUUAAGCCUUAUUAAAAUAUGCGCUUAUGGUAUGGCAGCUCGUCCGCACAAGAGCAGAUUAAAUUUAAAAAUAGCCGUGAACAUUAACAGUAGCCUACUUAGUUACAGUGUGACAAAUAUAUAAACGUCACUUGCUUAUCACGUUAAAUUGAGUGCAAAUAAAAAUUCAGUAGUCUGUUUUCUUCAGUAUUCACACGCAUUCAGAGAAGUGGAAAACAAUGCGUACAUUUAAGAAUGUCCUAGUUAAAUAAAUAAAUAAAUAAAUAAAUAAAUAAAUAAAUAAAUAAAUAAAUAAAUAAAUAACAAAAUUAUUGCAACGUUUCGCUUUCAAAUCAACACAAAAGCUGAUUUGUAAGUAGAGCAAAAGCAAGUGGUAUCGGCAUGUAAUAUGACCUCAGAAUAAUAGCUGGAGCAUUGCAUUGUAAAGGUUUUUUUUUUUGUUUUGUUUUAGUGUUUAUAUUUUCAAACACAUCAUGCAAUUUAUGCAAGUUAGUUAACGUUGCAGUAAGUUCAGUUUUAUGAAAGACCAAAAUACUUCUAUUUUUUUGAGUGUUGCUAAUUUGGAAUUCUGUUUUGGAUAUUAUUAAUUGAAAAUUAAUUGUCACGCUGUAAUUAAUUGUUACGCUUGUAUUGUAUUGUAACACUUGAAAUGUAUUUGCUUGCGAUUGUAAGUCGCCCUGGAUAAGGGCGUCUGCUAAGAAAUAAAUAAUAAUAAUAAUACAAUAAAGUACAUGUUAUUA